AUGAGAAAGCACUGCCAAUUGGGAGUUGGUCUUUUGCUGGCCCUACUUUCCACUGGUUGUAUUACUACUGGUGUAAGAGGCCAGACAGCAGUGGAAGACAUUGAUUACACCUGCAAUUUUUUGGAGGACACGUGUGCAUCUGAUUGGCAAUUGGAUGGCUUGUGCGACAAUCGAGGUCAAUUAGAAGAACCUAGUUGUUUGGAUCAGGACUGUUGGGACUGUGACCCUUGCCAAGCAUUCUCCUACAGCUGCAGUGCUUGCAAGAGACGAAACGGCUGUCAUUGGUGUCCAGGAGAUGCCCUUUGUGUCAGUCAACCGUUGGGACAAGACUUUUGGCAGAUGCAUCCCACCAAAGUCUCGUCCUGUCCAAACACACAAGACUGGGUACAAACCUGUGACGUUCCUCCCGAGUCCAACAAUGUCUACAAAGAUGUCCAUUAUCGGGCCAUGAAAUGGAGUUACUCCCUCAUCAACGUGGAAUCUGUCUGGCGACAAGGAAUCACGGGCAAAGACGUACAAGUACGAAUCAACGAUGACGGAGUCGAUUCAUUCCAUCCUGAAUUGAUUGGAAAAUUCGAUUACGGAUUCUCCUGUGAUGAAUUCUAUCAGCCCGAAAAUCCACGCACCGAUGUCAGAGGAACCGCCCUAGCCGCCAUGGUCGGUGGGCAAGCCGAUAAUGGAGCAUGUUCCCUUGGCAUUGCGCCCGGAGUCAAAAUCAGUUCUUGCAAUGUAUACACUCCCAACGAGGUCGCCUUUGUCUGGAAUUCACAACUCAAACAAAAUGGAAUUGGAGUCGAUAUCAGUGUCAAUGCUGACUGGGGGCCCAGCAUUUGUAUACCCAAAAAACAAAGAGCCAGAAGAAAACUGCAAUCCACAACAACCUGCAUCUUCAACUCGACCCACAAACUCUCUCCGUGUCCGCAUUGUCCGGCCGAUCUCACGUUGUUACCGUCCUCGCGAGACGAAUAUCCCGAUUGCCGACAAGCUAUUACGCAAUAUUGUCGUGCGCACUAUGACGUGGAUCCCUUGGCAUGUGCCGAUUAUCUAUACUGGUUUGUCGAGGAAUGCUCGUAUCGAGGAAGUCUCGAUGCGCCCACGCACGAUGAGCUUGUUCAAAACAUUGUACUCGGAAGAAGCGAAAAGGGUGUCAUCUUCGUAGUGCCCGCGGGAGAUGAGUAUCAAACGGGAGGAGAUGCCAACUUUAAUGGAUAUGCCAAUUCCAGAUUCACCAUCGCCGUGGGGGCCGUCGGAAAGGAUGGAAAGCAUGCAUCGUAUUCGACUCCUGGAUCACCUAUAUGGGUUAGUGCACCGGGGGGAGAUGUACAAUACAUGUCCAACAAUAUCGUCGCGCAACCCGGAGGAGGAUGUAGAGAUGCGGGACCAGGAACGUCAUUUGCGGUGCCCGUCGUGGCAGGAGUGGCUGCACUCAUGCUCGAAGUCAAGCCAGAAUUGACAUGGAGAGAUGUGUUUGCCAUUCUCGCCAAAACAGCACAAUCCGAUAUCAUGGAACCAGACGAAAACGAAUUCGUUACCAAUGGAGCAGGAUACAAACACAGUUACAAGUACGGAUUUGGAAUUGUCAAUGCAGAAGCUGCCGUCGAGGAAGCCAGAUCAUGGACCAACUUUCGAAGAGAAGAACAAUUCACUAUCGAAUCGUCCGAAACUUCCAGUCAAAUCAUUUGGGAUGAUGCCAACAAUGCCACCGUAUCCACCGUACGCAUUGAUACCGUCAAUCGAUUCUUUCGAACCGAAUCCGUCAUGGUUUACGUGGAACUCAAUCAUGUCUCGCGAGGUGACUUGAAAAUUACGCUCACGUCACCAUUCGGCACGGAAAGUAUAUUGGCACCGUCCAAACGACCCGAAACUACCGUGGGCGAUAACAGUGAGGAUGGGACCUUGUUGUGGCAGUUUCUCACGGUACGAAACUUUUGGGAAUAUCCUGGCGGCGAAUGGAUUUUGCGGAUCGUCGAUGAACGUCAGGGACCGGACUGUAUCGACCUGGACUUUGAAUACUCCUACUCGAUGGGCGGACCCGAAGAUACAGUCAUCACCUGCAGUGAUUUUGAUCAGGUCACUACGACUUGUACCGAUCCAAACGAGGUGGCACCAAUCCUCUUGGAAGCACAGUUCGAGGGACGCACCGUGUUUGAAAGUUGCUGCAAAUGUGGGGGAGGGGACAAUAGCGUCAAGGACAGGACCAAUGAGCUCAAAGCGUGGAAGAUGGUCGUCUAUGGGCAUGUGGCGGCUGAAGCGGGGGACGCCACAGAGCUAAUGCUGGUCUCCGAAUCGACGUGUCAGUUUGCCACUGACACAUGUCCUAAAUCCUUGCAAUUCAAUCAUGUUUGCGACGAUUCUCUGUUGAACGAGGAAUGUAUUGGGAUGGAUUGCUUUGAUUGCGAUGCCUGUCAGACUUUCAACUACGAUUGUGGUUUGUGCACAGCAGCUGGGUGCUACUAUUGCCCGGGAGAUGGGAUGUGCGCGUCGAUCGCGUUGAAUCAGUCCUAUUGGGAAUUAUAUCCAGACAAGCUGCCAACGUGCAACACUUCCGAUGCAUGGGUAAGCAGCUGCGACUCGCGUCGACCGGAAAACCAAUUCGAUGACCCGCUCUAUGAGGCCAUGCUUUGGUCCUACAGCAUGAUAAACAUAGAACCUGUUUGGGAUUUGAGGGCUUCGGGGAAAGGGAUUCAUGUCAGGAUUAACGAUGACGGCGUGGAUUCUGAACAUGCAGAGUUUUCAGCGGGGAACUUUGACAAGGCGAACUCAUGUCAAAACUACGCUCCUUGGGAUAGCGAAAAAGACGUGCACGGCACUGCCGUUGCUUCUAUCGUCGCAGGGAACUCCAACAAUGGCCAUUGUGCCGCGGGAAUCGCUCCGGGGGCCACGAUAUCUUCUUGUGUUGGACCGCUCGAGUUGGACGAAGCUCCGGAUCUUUUGGUGCAGAAUCUUGACAAAGUCGACAUUUCUACCAAUGCGUGGGGGCCCAAUGUUUGUCGUUUGAAGAGCAUUGGUCGAGGGCGGCGUCUACAACAGUGUCUCUUUUCUUCGGAGCACCCCGACUCACCAUGCAAGGCAUGCGGGGAAUUUACAGCAUUGGACGAGUUGUCCGAAGAAUGCGAGGCCGCCGUUGGGAAUUAUUGCCGGGAAAACUAUGUGGAUGAUCGAGUGGCAUGUUCGGAAUUCCUCGACUUGUUUGUCGACUGCGAGUAUCACAUCCUCCCGAUGGAUGCACACGAAGCUUUUGUGAGAGCUAUCACUGAAGGACGAGAUGGGAAGGGAAUCAUCUUUGUGUUCAGCGCGGGGAAUACGAAUGAUAUUGGAGGAGAUGUGAACUUCAACGGUUUCAUCAACAGCCGAUUCACGAUCGCAGUAGGGGCAGUCGGGAAAGACAAGAAGCAUGCUUCUUACUCGACCACGGGAGCAGCGGUUUUGAUAAGCGCACCUGGUGGGGAUUAUGAGUCAAUUUCGGGUAAUCUUGUGGCAAAGCCUGGGGGCGGCUGUCAUGAUAUAGGGGUCGGGACCUCAUUUGCAGCUCCAACUGUUGCGGGGAUUAUAGCACUGAUGCUACAAGUGAAUGCUGACCUGGGGUGGCGAGACGUCCAGGGAAUCCUAGCGGUUACAAGCCAAAGAAUUGACGAGGACAAUCCGUCCUGGAUUACCAAUGCUGCGGGCUACAACCACAGCUAUCAGUAUGGUUUCGGGGUACCCUCGACGCUCGACGCUUUGAACAAAGCGAGCAUAUGGAAGAACUUCCGCCCAGAGCAACAGGUGAUGAAUGAAACGGGUGUCAUCGAUCUCCCUAUUGAGGACAACCCUACCAACACUCCUACAACUUCGACGUUGGUUUUUUCGGAACUGAGCACCCGCAAUCUUGUGAUUGAAUCUGUUGUAGCAUUUUUGGAUGUACAGCAUCCAUCGCGUGGGGAUCUCGUUGUCGCCCUGAUUUCUCCCGCUGGAACAGAAUCAGUUCUCCAUCCCAGCAAGAAGCCCGAGGAUGUCCAGCUGAGAGGUGAUGACAUUGGCAAAUGGAAGCUUUUGUCUCUUCGAACAUGGGGUGAAUGGGCAGAUGGAGACUGGACUCUAACGUUAACGGACGAGAAGCCUGGCAGAUACCGGGAAUGUCACGAUUUGCCGUGGGAGUUCACUUACCCAAGGGCUGAUGGGCAGGGCAACGAGACCAUCAGUUGUGGUGACUUUGAUCGUGUCACAGAUUGCAACGACGAAGGGCAAGUGAAUCCAGAACUGAUGAAUGUUCUCUACGAAGACCGAACGUUGGUGCAGAGUUGCUGCCAGUGCGGGGGCGGACAAAAGUCCAGCGACAUCAUUCCAAUGCUGAGAUCAUGGAAGCUGAUAAUUUAUGGUCACAUUAUUGAAUCGCCAGAGGAGUUGUUGAUCUUUCCUCCGCCGAAGAAAGAAGAAGACGAGAAGGAGCAGGGCAGCGAAGAGGAAGAGCAAGAUCCGAACUGGAUCAGUCCCAAUACCCUCUCCGAAAAUGAUCCCAUAGCUGGUUGGGAUGACGAAGGGAACAGCGGAACAUUCUCCGGAGGUGGGGGGAAUGCCUACUACGGUGGCUGGAGACCACCACGGGACGAUGAUGACAACAGUGGAAACAGUGGAGAUAGCGGUGACUGGAACAGCUCGCAUGGGCAACGGCGAUGUUAUGUUUCCCUGACGUUAUUGAUAGUGGCGUUGGAACUAUCGGUGGCCCUUUUCAAGGUUCACUCGCCAUGA